AUGGACCUACUAAGAGCCUGUGAACUUAACUGGUUUCUUUUUGUUGAAGUUAUUGAACAGAAGUUAAGCGGCCACACCAAAGCUGCCAUAGAUCAGAUCCUCUUAGACUUCAGUGGCCAAAUCCAGUUGCUAAAGUUGAAUAAAAGGGAAGAGUCUAUUAUAGAACAGAGCAGACAGGCAUAUCUUCUUUCAGAAAGACUACAAGGAAACCAGUCAGAUGUGGAUGAUGAUGCCAUCGGAUCUGAAACUGAAGAAAGUGGUGCAGAUUGGGGAAACAUUCAUGAUCCCCUACAACCUGAAGCACGGGACAUUAUUUCCCAAAAGGUAAAGCAGUUAAAAAGAAAUGAAAGACGAAAAGCAGCCCAGAGGAUAGCAGAAGCUAGGUUUCUGAAACGAAAGACAGGGAAAAAUGUUGUAAACAAUUCUCAGAGUGCCCAGAUAUUGGUUCCACCAUUAGAAUUAUGUGAAGAGUGCUGGAGUAGGAGCUGACAGCUGGAGAAGAACUGGGAUUCUUACAUUUGAUGGAAAUCGGAAAGUUGAAAAAAAAGCAACUUUCAGUAGAAUAAAAGAGCUUUUGGAACGAGUUUACCGAAGAAAGUUUGGAUAUGGGACUGUGGUGCAACUUUGUGUUGCAAGAAAUAAAAGACGGUUGUCUGCCAGUCGGUAUAAAGGCCUUGCAAAGGUCACAUGCCGCCAAGCCCGAAAAGGCUUUACAAUACGAUAUAAUCCAGAUAAGCAUUGGUCAUCUGCCCUCUACAGGGCCCUUGAUGCUUUGCAGCUCAAAGACGGCACAGAUAUCAUCAACAUAAAUCGAGAUGACCAGGCUGGGUUUUGGUUAGAUACCUUAGCCACCCACAACAAGCAAGCAACAUCGUGCAUACAGGAUAGUGUUCCACUCACCACCAAGACAGACUAUGUGAACAAAUACCCGUCAACACUUCAAACGACUUCAUACAACUUUUCCAGCACAGGCACAAAGGCAGAGAUAUGUGCUGGCUUUGUUAAGGCCAUCCCACUUCAUCAGAAGAAUCCCGCACAACAUGCACAUGAUUUGAAUGUGAUUGAGACAUAUUCAAAGUCGAGCCAGCAUUUUUCAACCAUAUUACCUGAGAAAGAGUAAGGUUUGUGUUAGAGUGGAAGGAGGGCAUGAUGAAGGGCCGUCACACAAGGAGGUUCAAUUUUGGUGGACUAACUACCACCUCGAAAAGUCAUCUAAAGUGCUCAUAGUAACCACUAGAGAUAGUGGCUCCAGCAAUUGA